CAUCCUAUUCACUAGACCAUGCUGUCUCCUACUGGGAGGAUCAAAAUGACUUGGAUUCCCACAUAUUGAACUCCCAAACUAUCAAUAAAUGUCAUCUAAGCCUCCAAAAUCUUCUCAACCCUCUCUGAUUGCUCAUCAUUUCAUCCCUCGCCCCACCCCGUCCCUGUUGUCUGUUUCCCUACCUUCCCUAAAUCCAACCCCUUCCCCAAUCUCAGCAAAAAAGUCCAAACCCUAUGCCCCCAAUAUCUCAGGACUAAAAGGGCAGAUUGGUAAAGUCAGAAGGCCAGAGAUUGAUGAGUAGGGACUCCGUGCAUGGAGAAGAAGGGGAUCUCACCUGUGUAAAAUCUGGAGCAAAUCAGCAAGAGAGGAAAGAACAGCGGCAGCAGAGCAGCUGGGUGUCUGAGCUGAGAAGCAGAGAGCAUCUAGCAGCAACAGCAGAGAGUGAUCCCCAAACUCCCCCUCGCACCCGACCCAGCAGCCAAGUACAAGCCUGGCCAGUACAAAAGAGAUUGAGAGGGAUUCUACAAGCAAUGGAUUUGCAACAGCUGAUGAGCCCCCUGCGAGAGGAGGGGGAGGGAAGAUUGCAGUCGAGCCCACCCACCCCACACGAGAGCAGGAGGUGAGUACUGGCUCUUUGUGAGCGGCAGGCUGCAUAAGAAGAAAAGUGGUGGUGGGAAAAUGCCAGGCUGCCUGCAGGAGACUUGGAAAGGAGCGAAAGGUUGGAGCACUUAUGACCGGGGAUCUAGCUGCGCUUGUAAGAGUUCAAGAGCUGGAAGGGUCGCAGUUUGUGCUUCCAAGAUGCAAGAGGAGGAAUAAAGAGGAAGCGGUUUGUGUGCCGAUGGGGACGUAGCACCAAUGAGAUCUCUGGGGACAGCAGGACAAAGGGAACUCAUGGAUGGGCUUUACCUGCUAGGAGCGGGAGAUGGGCUGGAGAUGAUCAAUGACACCCUCAGCAAGAAGAGUUGGGUGGAGGACGACAACUCGGAGCUGUCCCUGCGGGUGGUGAUGGCUGCCCUGCUCUUCCUCCUCAUCCUCUCCACCUUGCUGGGCAACACCCUGGUGUGCGUGGCUGUGAUCAAGUUCCGGCACCUGCGCUCCAAGGUCACCAACUUCUUCGUCAUCUCGCUGGCUGUCUCCGACCUGUUCGUGGCCGUGCUGGUGAUGCCGUGGAAGGCAGUCGCUGAGGUGGCUGGCUUCUGGCCUUUUGGGGGCUUCUGUGAUGUCUGGGUGGCCUUUGACAUCAUGUGCUCCACAGCCUCCAUCCUCAACCUGUGCAUUAUUAGUGUGGACCGGUACUGGGCCAUCUCUAGCCCCUUCCGCUACGAGAGGAAGAUGACCCAGCGGGUGGCUUUCAUCAUGAUUGGGGUGGCUUGGCUGCUCUCCAUCUUGAUCUCCUUCAUCCCUGUGCAGCUGAGGUGGCACAAGGCCAAUGAGCUCCUUGCUCAGCAGGAGCCAGGCUCCAACUUCACACAGGGCUCAGAGGAGAACUGCGACUCCAGCCUCAACAGGACCUAUGCUAUCUCCUCAUCCCUCAUCAGCUUCUACAUCCCCGUCGCCAUCAUGAUCGUCACAUACACCAGGAUCUUCCGCAUUGCUCAGCGGCAGAUCCGCAGGAUCUCCUCUCUGGAGAGAGCCGUGGAGCAUGCCCAGAAUUGCCACAGCAAUGACUGCCCCCACGAGGCCUCCCUGAAGAACUCUUUCAAAAAGGAGACCAAAGUCCUCAAGACCCUCUCCAUCAUCAUGGGCGUCUUUGUCUUCUGCUGGCUGCCCUUCUUUGUGCUCAACUGCAUGGUGCCCUUCUGCGACCUUGACCUGCAUGAUCCUGGGGAGUUGCCCUGUGUCAGCGAGACAGUCUUCAACAUCUUUGUCUGGUUUGGCUGGGCCAACUCCUCUCUCAACCCCAUCAUCUAUGCCUUCAAUGCUGACUUCAGGAGGGCCUUUGCCACCAUCCUGGGCUGCGGCCGCCUCUGCCCCAGCAACGCAGUGGAGACUGUGAAUUUCAGCAACGAGCUGGUCUCCUACCACCAUGACACCACCUACCAGAAGGAUGUAGUGACCCUCAGCUACCCGCACCUUCUCCCCCAUGCCACCCUGCAGGCAGAAGACAAUGAGCUGACUUUUGACAAAGUGUCCCAGAUCUCCCAGACCUCCCACAACAACCAUGCCGACGCCGUCUUGCCAGCCGUGGUCCACGUGGAGUGCGAGAUGGAUAUAUCACUGGAGAAGAUCACUCCCUUUACCUCCAGUGUGCUGGAUUGAAAGGGGAUCAGGAGAGGGAGUGGGGGCGGGGAGAAGGGAUAUGGCGGAGAGAGGUCUGCAGAAAUUGCCCAGUUUCUGGGGAGUGUGCAUACAGGGGAGGGAUGGGGAGAGGAAUUGCUACCCCUCUGGCUGGGAAGGAGUUAGUAUGUAUGUAUGUAUUAGCAAAUAUGUUGGUGUCUUCCUUUGUUUCUCUGAUAUACUCAGAAAAGUGACUUUCUAGGGGACUGGAUGGCUCAGGGAAUGGCACUUUUCACUUCAAGUCCAUGGGUUCAAACCCAGGGCCAACCCAGGUUGGUAGUGAAUGGAAGUGGUUGAUGUCUGGGUGCCUUAUGUCAAAUGAGUUUGGUGGGUCUCAGUGUAGUUCCUAGGAAAAAAGAAAAAUCCCUUGUCAUAGUUGUCAGUAGCUUCCUCUGGGAAACCAUGGACUUGAACAGGCUCCUGAGACAGAGGGGAAGUGAGGGAGUUUAGGAGGAGAAGUGAGGGAGUUUGCCCUACUGCUGCUUCUCCCAGUCCUGUGGCGAAACAAAUGCUUUCAGUCUCCCGGGCUACUAAUGUGACACAGAAAAUGCAACAAACCAGAGGGACUGCUGCCUGCAUGAUUGUUCAUUGGAGCAGGCUGGGCUGGGUAAUGCUAUCAGCUCCAUGGGUGUGACAGCCCUACCUAUCCUGUCAGCCUUUAGCUGUGGAGACCAACUUCUCUUGUGAAGUCGCCUGUGUAGGGGAGAUAGAAUUGCUUUACAAGCCACCUUGAUCCUGGCCUUUUUCCCAGCCCCCUCGCUCACAUCUGUGUGCUUGUGCUACAGGCAGCCAUCCCCUGAGACUAGCAAACAACAGGGAACAGGCAGCUAGGACACCUGGGUUCUGUUCCUGGCUUUGGGAGGGGAAGAUGGUCUAGAGUUUAGGACAGGUAACCCAGGAGUCCUGACUCCCAGCUCAAGGGGGAGUGUUUAGAACAAGGUUCUGGGUAUUAGGAAGUUGGGAUGCUAAGGCAGAAAGGUAUUGUUGUUGCUAUGUUCUCCUGCUCCUCUUUGGGAAGUUGAGUAAAUAGGCACCAGUUCAGCUGUGAGGAGAUGUCUCACUCCUUCAUCGAUCUGGCUCAGGCAGAUUAUCUUCCAGGCCAAUACAAAUACAUGGCCCAUUGGAUUGGAGCUUUCAGGCUGCACUCGGCUGCAGUAAUGGGCCCAAAGGCUGUAGUGCUCUGGCUCAUUGCUGUCGGAUGCUGUGUGCUAAGGGUUUGGUCCUGCAUUUGGGGCAGAACCACAGGUUCUGAAGUGGUGCUGAACACGCUUCGGUCCUUUCUCCACUUGCACUUAUGCCGUGUUCAGUUCCACCACACCUGUUGCUUAUCGCUGUUGUCAGCCAAGGGGGCAUUUUCUGUCGCAACGGAGGUUACUGACUCCAGUCUGAGUCCUUUGUGUGCAGGGAGUGGAGGAAAGAGUCAGACCCCCGGUUUUAGGGGGGAAGAGGUUGUUCCUCUGCUUCCCCCUAUUCUCCAUCAGUCACACUCGCUCUAGUCUUUCUUCUCCAUUUUCCCUGCAGUCUCUCAACUUCACAGUCUUUCCAAACCCCCCCCCCUCCGCACACACACACACACACACACACACACACUACCACCUCUCCCCAUUACAUUAGAUCCUGGUGCACUGUCUCAUUUCAAUAACAAUAGCUUUCUGAGAAUCUCUUUCCUCACUCACCUGUACUUUUUAAUUAGCAUCUUCUUUGCAUAUUCUGACUUGUCUGGUUGCUCCAGUACAGCAGUACCAGACAGUGUGUGUGUGUGUGUGUGUGUGUGUGGGAUAUGGGAGAAGCCCCCGCCAUUGCAUUGUAAAACAUGACACCGAUUGAUCGUUUUUACAAUGUUUUGAUAGGGGAUUGGUUAACCAGUGCAGCAAAAAUGGCAUGUCCACCUUAGCCUGAAUCCAGGUGCCUCCGCUCUCUGGCAUCUGCAGCUCCUUAGCACUGCCAAAGCCGUUCGUUCUCUCUUCCCAAUAAGCCUUAACAAAGAGAAAUCAGAAGGUGAUAAUUACAGACUAACUGUAAUUAUUAGAGACAGUCAAGUCACAGCGCAGUCAGUGUGGGAGGGGAGCAGAAGUGUGGGGUCCUCCCUAGGAUAGCUCUGCCGAAGCACUCACAGGACGGAACUUAUACCACCUCUUCAUACAGCAGGGUUGUCUCUCUAGUGGUUAGAGCAGAGUCAGGAUGCCUGGGUUCUAUUCCCAGCCAUGGGGGAGGGGAGUCUAAUGGCCAGAGUAGGAGCAGGGAUUGGGAGUCAGGAUUCCUGGGUGCUGUGCUCUUUGGGAUGGUCAUUUACUAUACGUUUAUCCAGUACUUAGCACAAUGGGCCCCUCCCAGGUGGAGGCAUUACUGCAGGAGUAGGCAACCUAUGGCACACGUGCUGAAGGCGGCAUGCGAGCUGAUUUUCAGUGGCACUCACACUGCCCAGGUCCUGGCACCAGUCCGGGAGGGCUCUGAGUUUUAAUUUAAUUUUAAAUGAAGCUUCUUAAAUAUUUUAAAAACCUUAUUUACUUUACAUACAACAAUAGUUUAGUUAUAUCUUAUAGAAAGAGACCUUCUAAAAACAUUAAAAUGUACUACUGGCACGCAAAACCUUAAAUCAGAGUGAAUAAAUGAAGACUCGGCACACCACUUCUGAAAGGUUGCUGACCCCUGCAUUACUGCAUUAUAUGAUGAUUAAUUAUACUAUUCCCAGCUGUGGGAGAGGAGUAUUUUCCAGUGGUUAGAGCAGGGGGAACACUGGGAGUCAGGACUAUUCCACUGCUUACCUGGACAAGGCACUUCACCUCUCCAUCUCAGCAUCCCAUCUCUGAUGAGGGUCUAAUACCUAACCCACAGCGAUGUUGUGCGAGGCUUAAUCCAUGAAUGUUUGUAAAGUGCUUUGAGAAGGGCAACUCAUUCAUAAUAUUCUUGUUACCCUAUGACAAAAGUUGGGUGAACUUGCCGCGUGUCUGACAACCGAGGACUCAGCUCUUUGACGGGGGGUUAGCCGGGCGGGAGCGGACAAGCAGAGGUGGGCAGUGGCUGUUGUUUAUUAUCUGCAUAGAAACAGAGAGACUUUGCCUUUGUGUGUGCAUGUUGGGGGAGGGGCAAUGGUAAGGAUUCUUCGCCCCCCUCGUUCUUCAGAAGCCCCCGGCUCCUCAGGGCUGGUUCUUCCCUUCACUGACUGUACAAUGGAUCAUUCCCACCCAGCUCUGACUGUGACCUCCGUCAGAGCCCCCCAUGGCCAAUGUUUUCCUGGUGCUGCAGUCCAACUGCCCAGGGCGUGGCAAUGACUGAACUGGGCCAGUGGCCUUCAGGGCAUUGUACUGGUCACUCUGUGCUACAGCCGCUUCCAGGGAUCAGGCUAGGAAAUGGACGGCAACUUCCAAACCACAUGCGUGUUUCUGUGUUUAACCAGGAUUUUCUUAGUCUGGCAAAAAAAAUACAUCUCGCUCCUUUCAGUGCAGUGCGGUUUCCUUGUGGGUUUCCUGCACAGGAGGAUGGGAUUGCAGUCUGCGUUGGAGCAGAGGUAUUGUGGGACCGAGGUAGCAUUUGUCCGCUCCCAUCCUGCUGAGGGCACCUCAGUAUACACUCGGGGAUCCCACAGCAAUACAAGAGGAUGAGUCAGCCAAUGAGCCCAGGCCCUGCUUCUGAGCUGCACCUUCCACGAUACUCAGCUUAUUAGGGGUGGGGGCAAAGGUGGCUGUAGCCCCUGGUGUACCCAGCAAUGGUCCAUCACCGCCAAUUGGCUCUGUCUUCUGUGUUGCCUCCCUUUAAUGCUGCGAGGCUCUAGGCUGGGGCCAGGAAAACAUCUGGGUUGAACCUAUUCCUAAAUGGCAAUCUCCAAGCUUAGUGUCCAUAGGCUCACUUUUGCCAUGAUUCUCCAUCAUCCUCUCGCCCACCCCUAUGGCCCUAGAGAUCCUUCUCGUUUGUGGUCAUUAUGUGAUGCCCCUUGGAGCACUCCAGCCACAUUCUACCUUA